AGUCUCUGAUAUUUUAUGAUGGUUUUCUUAGCACUAAUUAGUUGUGUUCAUGUGAAUGUAUUCCAGCAGGCCAGCUGGAAAAUACACAGAAACGCUUUCUAGGUUUUCUAGGAAGAAUUCCUUUGAUUGAUGUGUUUCCUGGUUGUUUGUGUUUCUAUAGCCAUUAUGAUGCGUUAAAAAAUGUAGAUUUUUAAGUCUUUGCAUAUAUUGUCUUUUUUUAAUAGAUGUGCAUAAUUUUUUAAGAAAGUUUGAUAAUGAACUUUUGUAAGUUAGAUCAAUUAUUGGUAUGUAACUACCAAACUUUUAAAUGCAGAAAUUUACAGUAAUAAAACAAAAAAGUUCUUGUCAGGGAUAUUUAAAAAAAGCUUGUGUGCCUUUAAUAAGGAGCUUUCUCGAGUUUGUUAAAUAUUUUACCCCCAAAAAUUUCCUGUAAUCUUUGGCAAUAUGAGGUUUUCACAUCAACCUGUGAUUUGUAUUUAGUUUGCUCCCAACCCUGAUUUUUCUUCUUGCUUAUAAAAUUGCAUGGAAAUGCAAAUUCAUGUGUUUUUUACUACCUAGAAAGUGCAACUUUUAAUUCUGAUUUGUCUUGUUCCGUUAUUCCUGCAAGAGAGACAAAUAAACACUGGAGUGGUCAGAGCAGAGGCUGCAAAUUCCAGCCUACACCAACAGAUGUCGCCAUACUCUAUAAACUCCACCUUUAACAAGGGGACUACAGAAGAAAUCAGCCUGUCUGGCUAAAUCUGGCACGCGCAGCCGAGGACGCUCGCGCUCACUUGUGAGUGAGGGCGGCGGGGAUGUAGGAGGAGAGAGGAAGCAGGAGAAGUGAAAAUGAUGGCGACCGAAGCGGGGGAGAUAAGAGCUCACACAAGCCCUUGUCCCAACCCCGACUACAGCCUCAGCCCUCUGUCCAUCAAAAUAACGCGGAAAAACCAGGACAGACACUGGAGGUUGCGGUGCAUUCAUCUGCAGUGCUACUUUCUAACCAUCGCAACAAUACUAGGAACUGGAAUCUUAGGUCUUCCAGUCACUAUAGCACAUGCUGGCCUGGUGCCCUUCCUGGUCUCCUUUCUGGUUGGCUUCUUUGUUCAGGCCUUGCUCAUUUAUCUGUUUGUGGAACUUCUCCAAAAAUGUCAAGUGGUGCAGCUGGACUCUCUAAAGACAGGUGUUGCAGAGUGUAUUGUAAUGGAUCAAGUGAGCCCAGAAAAUCCAAUCGCACCAGACGAAGAAGAGGAAGAAGAAGCUGACAAUGCAGAAGCUGAUACUGGUUUACUACAGUCCAGCUCCCCAGCUCUGUGUGACCAAGCUGAGAACCUGCAACCCAACCUUCAUUUGCUUGGCUGCCUCUUCCUCUCCCGGCCUAUGAGCCAUGCUUUCAACUGCAUUCUCCUCUUUCAAUUUAUAUCAAUUGGAAUUAGCUAUGUGCUGGCUGGCAGUGAGGCUUUUGCUGCUCUUCUUGGUAUCAGACACUUUUAUGUGAUCCCCGCCUUCACCUGGAUUCUGUCCCUUGCCAUCUUACUUGGCCAGACAUUCAUUCAGCCCAUCACCUCCUUGUUCACCCUCCUCAAGGGAAUUCUGCUCAUUGUUACGGUGGUGGUGACAUUUGCAGUGGGCUCUGAGGUGGGCCUCCAGAGCAGCAGUGACUUCAGUCAGAUGGGGAAACCUUUCCUAAUGGGUACCGUAGCUCUAGGUGGGAUUGUGAAUGUGAUGCCUCUGCUAUUCUCUCAGAUCUCACACAACAAAACACAAAUCCUGUGGUUUCGGAGAGCAGUUCUUGGAGGUCUGACAACCUGCAUGGUUCUGAACAUUCUCUGGUGCUGGGCAGUGCUGGAGAUCGUCCCACAGACGUCGUCACCACAGAGGAGGAUGACCACUGACACAUUCAUGCCAAAUGUGUCAGUGGUCAGCAGCCCCCCUGCUCCUCCGUCUUCUGCCCUCCCCCUGCUGAUCUCCAACAUCUCAUUGGAGGAGUCUGAAAAGGCUGGAGAGAUAGCUACUAUUCCAUUGACAAAGAUCAUUAAUGAGCGUUACAGGGCCUACUCCUGGGUGGCCCAGCUGAUCCAGGUGUUCAUCGCCAUCAGCGUCACCGUGUCCUUCCUGGUGAUGGGAUCCGCCAUGAAGCAUACCAUCGAUGGCCUGGUGAGCUCUGUGUGGAGCAGCCGGCUGCAGUGGCUGGCUGAAGCCUGGGAGAGAAACUCACCAAGCAAACACCAGCGCUGCUCCGCCAGGAGUUUCGCCCAACUCGGAUUUUCCCUGCUUGGAUUUGGGAUCAUUUUCAUUGUGUCAGUGUGUGAUCCCAGGGGUUUUGUUGUCAUGUUGGACAAAGUCGUCUCGUUUUCCCUCAACACUGAAGUGGGCCUGUUUGUGUUCAUCAUGCUGAGGGAGUCCAGAGAAGAGCGAUUCCAACACCUGGCCGUCCCUUUGCCAGUGGGGGAGUGUGUGUUCAGCCUCACCUGGCUGCUGCCCACGUACUUCCUGUUUGCAGUAACCUACGAUAUCCUGCAGACGUUGGCAGACGUGGCCCAUUACCUGCCUUACUACGGCCCAGAGCCGGAGCUGCAUGUCUACAACGUGACGGGAAGCGUCACAGCAGCAAACCUGUCCUCCUUCCUCUGAGCGCUCCGACGUCGACACGCCACCAAGCUGCAGCGCAGCAAGUGCUUUCUUCUUCUUGUCACUUUUAACCAAUUUUUAAGGAACAGUUUAGUAUUUUUGAUAAAUACUUCAUUGUCAUUGCACUGCACUUUCAUUCUAUCUGCUUCUGCAUUUAGCAUGGCCUAAAACAGCCUCUGGGGUGUUUUCCCUUCUCCUCCCCAUCAGAGCCUCAUGGACAAAGGCUGGUGUGGAUUUUCUGCUCAAUCAUGAAGGAAACGCAAACAAUAAGAGCUUUUGUAGAUAGAAACAAAGAUGAGUAAACUGGCUCCCAAAAAGAACUUGGAUGUUUUGAAAUGAAUCUCAGAAACUUUCCAGAAAAAAACUGGAAAUUUCUGAAUUUCAAAAGUUAAAAAAGUUCAACUUUUGAAUCUCAGAAAAUGUUCAAACGUUAAAAGUUUUAGACUUUUGAAACUCAACAUUUUGACUUUUGGAAUGUUUACCCAGAACAUUUCUUGAAACCUCAACAUUUGAGUUUUUUCCCCUCACAAAUUUCCACUUUUGGAGCUGAAAAAAUCUUUGUUUUUUCUAGAAAAUCUCAGAGAAUAAUAAUUUCUCAUUUAUGAUUUUUUUUGUUUGUUUUUUUUUUUUGUCAGAAAUCGACUCCUCCUUUUUUUCUAUCUACAAAUGGCCCUAAUAAUUCUUUGUACUUGUCAGAUGUAGGAAGCUGUGCGUACACAUGAAUUCAUGUAGAUUCCUUUGAUAAAUCCCGAUCCAUAUGGAACUGAAAGCCCAACACUAAAUGAUUAAAUAUGUAAAUGCAUGUAAGUAUGCAUCUGUCAGCCAACAGUUGUAGAUGCAGGAAUCAGAGGAACUUUAAGGAAUUGGAGUCUCAGACAUUUGUAGAUGAGUUUGAGGCAUGAAGAACGUUCUUCUUGGUAUGCUGUCUUGUCUUCUGCUAGUGUUAGCAGGCAGCAGUAGAUCAGUGGGUGGAACAGUCGGCCUGUUUAUAUUCCACACACCGUUCAUACAGAGCACAGAGCGCCUGGAGACAGCGCCACCUACUGAUGAGUACCUCAUGUGUUGUAUAGAGCGGUCGUUUCCUGACAUGGCUGAGAUGAUUCAGAGGACACAAUGUUGGCUAAGCAUGAAGAUACUAUUUGACAUUUGUCUUUGUAGGGAUUCUAUGAAGAAUAUGUGAAUGUGAAUAUGAAUAUGUGAAUAUGUGGUUAUGUAGCUUGAUGGGGCCAGUGGCAUUCCUCUGGAUGACUCAUUUAUCUGAUUCCUCUGGAUGAUUCAUUUAUCUGAUUCAUUUGUCUGAUUCCUCUGGAUGACUCAUUUAUCUGAUUCAUUUGUCUGAUUCCUCUGGAUGAUUCAUUUAUCUGAUUCAUUUAUCUGAUUCCUCUGGAUGAUUCUUCUGGCUGCCAGUCUUUGUACAUGAGGCCCCAGUCAAACUGGUAAAGUCCAGUUUGACUUUACCAAACUGGAUCUCUUUGGAGUGGGGUUCCUCCUCUCCUCACUUGCUGCCAAACAUUGAAUAAUCCAUCUUUAUGCAUGUUUCACUGAUAUUUGCUAAGGACUGCAGACAAAGAAAUACUGAGUCAAUCAGAAGACAUAAUGUAACAUUGUUUGCCUUCUGGUAUUAUGUAAAAUUAUCUCUAUUUUAUAUUACAUAAAAUUAUAAUGUUAUUCCCUCAUCAAAAACAUACCUGUAGUGUUGCUUUGAUUCUUUCAUGCAUGUUUGAGAAAUUCCUAGAUCUCCUUGGCAACCAUUUGGGGGUGCCUAAAUGCUCAGUCUGACAAAGUGCUGCCUAUUUCCACAAAGCUCCUCCUCUGAGGUUCAGCCUCCAGCUGAGCUUUCCCCUCCCCCACUCAGCUCCUUCCGACUAGCGGCAGCAGCAGUUAGUAAACCCCUGGUGGAACUGCGCAUCUUCUGAACUUCCAACAACUGAUGUAAAUGGCAUAACGGAAGAGUAUUGUUACAGGUGGAGUGUAUUAGAGCGGUUUGGCCUCCUAAUAUUUUCACCUGAAGGUCGGGCUCAGAAUCUGCUGAUGGAAGGAUGAACAGUUCAACAUCUGAAUCCUCUGGAAAUGAACUUUGAACUUCUGAAACACUGACUGGAAAGUCGGGUUGAAAUGACAGCAACUAAAGACCUGAGCAGUCAGUGUAGGACGACAAGCCGCUCAUUAACUAUCAUCUGUAGUAGAGCAUUAGGAAAGAUUGUGCAGAUUGUGGCAUUAUUUUAAAAUGAAUUAAAAAAAAACAAAAAUAAACAUUUUAAUGAAGAGUUCAGUCAGUGAGGUCAUUCAUCCUGUAAACAGGAGCCUCUGAUGGCUCUAUAUGCUGGUCAUGGUGCAGUCCUGUCUGGGAACGGACACACUCUGGACCUCACUCACAACAACAGUGUCCUUCAAAAGUCCUUGAAGGGAAAAAUGUUUAGGAAGUGCAGAAAAGGCAGAUGCUCAGUGGAAUGAGCUCAGUCCUGGUAGUAACAAGAAAACCCAGAAAAUCACUGAAACUAAAGGGAAACUGCCUUUAAUAUGGACUGAAGGUUAACCACCAUGAUCAGCUUCAAUGGGAACUAAGUUCUGCGGUGAGUUCAGGUACAUCUAAAAAACGUCAAUAUUGAGUAAAAAUGUAACAUUUCUCACCAGUCACCGCAGAAACUUUUGAAAUAGCAAAAAAUAAAAACUUAAUGAAUCUCAACACAAAGUGUGUCACUUUGAGACAACUGGCAAGAAAUAUUACACUUUUAUGCAGUUUAUUAAGCUGCGCUAUUACAAUUAGAAAUUAAGACGAAAGCUCCACACAGUCACAUUGUUGAAAACAAAAGGUUUCAGUUUUCCAUAGAACAAAGUGACCUUGGAUUGUGGCUUUUGGGUGUUUUUGAGCGGAACAUUAUGAUGAACGGUGGCGCUGGUUUCAUACGGCGGUGAUGUUUCAUCAUCACGCUGGGAUUAAUAAAGUGUUUUUAAUAACUGAACUCUCCAUGUUGGGCCUUUUUAUUGCAUCCCAAUAUUUAUUUAUUAGAUUAUGGUUGAAGUUCUGAAGCAGAAAACCUGCAGGGUGACGUCCAACAAGCAGUUCUGAGGUAAAACCAGGAAAUGCAGAACCAACUGUGGAACGUUGUUCCGUCAUCCUGAGUCAUCAAAUCUUCAAACUUUGUUCAGGUUUUACAAUAAACGGUCAGUUCUGUAGAAACUAUUGUUUUAACGUUCUGGACAUUCGAUUUUUCAUGUUCUUUCAUUCGCAGCAGUAUGUACAACAUUCCCAAAGCAUUCACCUAAAAGACACGACUGCCAAGAGGAUUUUUGUCUUUGCUGUUUUUUGUUGUUGCAUAACUGUUAUUUUGAAAAUGUCAGCAACUGAGAAAAACUAACAUAAGUGCUCAAGAAUAUUGAAAUCAAAGUUUUAUUUGGUUCAUAAACUCAAAAUCAAUUCUUUGUGUUUUGACAUAAAAUAAAACAAACAUUACUGUCACUGAUUUCUUCUA